AUGGCCAGCAAAGGACCCACAACUUCUACAUCAACAAAGAGCUCCAGUACUGGGGGCACCAGUGGCAGCAGUAGCAGUAAUGGUGCUGGGGACAAUACUAAUCAGGACAACACUUUCGAAUGUAACAUCUGCUUAGACACUGCGAAGGAUGCAGUCAUCAGCUUGUGUGGACAUCUCUUCUGUUGGCCUUGUUUACACCAGGGAUUCCAGGGCUUUGGGUUUGGCGAUGGUGGCUUCCAAAUGUCAUUCGGAAUUGGGGCUUUUCCCUUUGGUAUAUUUGCAACAGCGUUCAACAUAAAUGAUGGGCGACCUCCUCCAGCUGUUCCAGGGACUCCUCAAUAUGUGGAUGAGCAGUUCCUAUCCCGCCUCUUCCUGUUUGUGGCUCUGGUGAUAAUGUUCUGGCUGUUGAUUGCAUAAUUUUUUUCCAUUAUUCUAUAUAUUCAUGGCCAACAAGGCACCUGAAACAGUUACAAACUGCAUCCCCAUCCCAUUUUAAAUCUCUUGGUGUCUGGUUCCAUAGCUAACUAUGGGCUUCAGGAAUUGGUGGUACUACAGGACAAUGAGGAAUCUCGCAUUUUGCACCAGAGUUGGAAAUUAAACAUUGGUUAAAAAGCAUAUUUCAGCUCAGUUGUCGUGUACAACAGGUUACUGCCACAAACCACGGGCCUAGCUUUGAGCUCCACUCCUAAAAGGAGUGCUGCUUUGAAAUCCUGUGCCAAUCAGUGACACCAGGUUUAUGUGAAAGACAGUCACCCCAAAGUAGGCUGGGCAGGUAAGGAAACCUCUGCAGUGUGACCAGUAUCUCAUGCUUGGAUCUGCCUGAGCUGUGGAUGUUAUUUAAUGUCUUCAAAUCAACAUCCAGCCUUCUUCAGGAAAUCAUCUGCAGCACUGCUAAGACUCUUCGGGCGCAGCACGUGAUGCAAAUGGAACCAGGCUUGGAACCUGGUUUCUUUUCUUGCUGUUAUUUCCCAGUGUGAUGGGAAACCCCUCCUGAAG